ACGUGUGUGUGUGUGUGUGUGUGUGUGUGUGUGUGUGUGUGUGUGUGUGUGUGUGUGUGUGUGUGUGUGUGUGUGUGUGUGUGUGUGUGUGUGUGUGUGUGUGUGUGUGUGUGUGUGUGUGUGUGUGUGUGUGUGUGUGUGUGUGUGUGUGUGUGUGUGUGUGUGUGUGUGGUUUCCAUUGUUGCACAUUAGUCGAGUAUAAGGGGAAGUAACUUUGCUGAAAUCUGCUGUUGAAGCUAAAGAUGUCGUCACUCGAGCAGCCGACUCCCUCUGUGUCCAACAUGAGGUGAAGGUGAGUGAUGAGCUGGAAACACAGAACUUCUGUUUGAGGAAAGAAACCAUCAGACCUCUUCUGUCACAGUGACUCUGAUGUUCUACGUUCUCUGAUAGAAGCUGUGGAUCAGAACAACUCGAGCGUCUUGGAGGACAGACAGGCGGUAUGACAGAGGAGAAAUGUCCUCAGCUGGUGGACUACUUCGUAGUGGCAGGUCUCGACCCGACAGGGCCCUGGAGGCCCCUGGAUGAGGAUGGGAAGACCUCGUCCCCUUAUUCUUCCUCCUCCACCUCCUCGUCUUCGCCGGCCCGGUCGGUGGAGCCGGUCACAGACCUGGCGGUUAUUGCCAAAGGGCUCGGGGAGGAAGUGCCGGAGGGCUUCACCUGCAUCGAGAGGACGCUGGGCGGACAUUCUGCCGAGCUGAGCGCCGGACUGAUCAACAACCCGCACCUGUACCUGUGUUACCGCCGGGGACGAGACAAGCCGUCCAUUAUGGACCUGGGGGUUCUGUACGAGGGGAAGGAUCCACUGAGGCAGGGCUGGUACGUCAUCGAGACCACUCCCUACAGCCGCUCGGCCAAUCUGAGCUCCGGCGGCGCCCCGACGGCUCACCGGGUGUUCCUGAUGUACCGCCGGGCUCUGGACUCGCAGGGGCUCCACACGCUGGGCGUCACCGACAUCACCCUGCUGCUGCCCAGCAAGGGGGAGGUGGCCCCGCACACCUUCUGCCGCGUCGAUAAGAACCUGAACACCGGCAUGUGGGGACCGGCCCUGUACGUGUGCUAUAAGAGGGCUGUGGCCAAAGCCAACGCGCUGGUCUACGAAGCCAGUCUGAUCAGCCGCUACCCGGAGGAGGACCUGGAGGCGUUUCCUCUGCCGGAGUCGGUGCCGGUCUUCUGUUUGCCGAUGGGCGUCACGGUGGAGAGCUGGCCUCUGAACACAAAGUACCAGCUGCCCAUCUUCUCCACCUUCGUCCUCACGUCCGCCUCCGGGGACAAGGUCUACGGAGCGGCCAUCCAGUUCUACGAGUCCUUCCCCCGGGAGCUGCUGUCGGAGCGGCAGAGCGUGAGGCUGGGCCUGCUCAGCGUGGUGGACCGGCGGCCCAUCACCAGCCGCAGCCUGCAGGCCAAGAAGAGCAUCUGCGUCUUGUCCCACUGGCCCUUCUUCACCAUCUUCCAGAAGUUCCUCACCUUCAUCUACAGAUACUCCAUCUCCGGGCCGCACGUUCUGCCUCUCGAGAAACACAUCUCCAGCUUCAUGCACAACGUCCCGUUUCCUUCCCCCCAGCGGCCUCGCAUCCUCGUUCAGCUCUCUCCGUACGACAACCUGCUGCUCUGCCAGCCGGUCUCAUCUCCACUCCCACUCAGUGGAGCCAGUUACCUGAAGCUGCUCCAGAACCUGGGUCCAGAGAACGCCUGCACGCUGCUGCUGGCCGUCCUCACCGAACACAAGCUGCUGGUGCACUCGCUGCGGCCCGACGUGCUCACCUCCGUCUGCGAGGCCCUCGUCUCGAUGAGCUUCCCUCUGCGCUGGCUCUGUCCCUACAUCCCCCUGUGUCCGCUGCAGAUGGCCGACGUGCUGCUGGCGCCGAUGCCCUUCAUCGUGGGCGUCCACUCCAGCUACUUCGACCUGUACGACCCCCCCACGGACGUGGUGUGUGUCGACCUGGACACCAACACCAUCUUCCAGUCGGACGAGAAGAAGCCGCUGUCGUGGCGCUCGUUACCCAGGAAGCACGGGAAGACUCUGUUCAACGCCCUCACCAGCCUCCACAGGACGCUGGAGAAGAUUUGCACCCCCGGCCAGGAGGAGGCCACGUUGGAGUUCCUGCUGACGGACUACGAUCAGAUCUACAGGCGUCAGAAGCAGCUGGAGCUGGAGAUCCAGGAAGUGUUCCUGCGUUUCAUGAGCUGCCUGCUGCGAGGGUACCGCUCCUUCCUGCUGCCGAUCACACAGGCUCCGUCUGACACCACCACCGACUGCAGUUCCCUCUUCAACCUGCAGGGCUUCCUGAAGUCUCGGGAUCGGACGCAGCAGAAGAUCUACAGCCAGCUGACGAGGACCCAGAUGUUCACUCAGUUCAUCGAGGAGUGCUCCUUCGUCAGUGACCGUCACGCCUGCCUGGAGUUCUUCGACGAGUGCGUCCAGAAGGUGGACGUGGAGAAGCCGGAGGAGGUGAGGCUGAUCGACCUGGACGAGACCUACAGUGGAGAACACACAGUCUUCAUCAUGCCUCCUGAGGAGCCACAGGAACCGGACGGGUCGGAGUGUCCUGCCCUCUACAGCUACGAGACGUUCCCCACGCUGAGGCCGGAGCUCUUCGACCAGCCGCAGGACCAGCUCCGGGUCCCGGCCCGAGGCAGCGCCCCCAGCAGCCCCGCCCCCCGGCGCACCAAACAGGAGAUCAAACUGGCUCAGAAGCGAGCUCAGAAAUACUCGGCGGUCCCCGACAUGUGGUCCAAGUGUCUGCUGGGUCACUGCUACGGCCUCUGGUUCCUCUACCUGCCCACCUUCGUCCGGGCGGAGAGCGCCAAGGUGCGCGCCCUGCACACGGCCUACGACGUCCUCAAGCACAUGGAGAACCGCAAAGUGGUGGUGCCGGACGAGGUGUGUUACCGCAUCCUGAUGCAGUUGUGUGGUCAGUACGGACAGCCGGUCCUAGCUGUUCGAGUCCUGCUGGAGAUGAAGAAGGCGGGAAUCACACCCAACACCAUCACCUACGGAUACUACAACAAGGCAGUGCUGGAGAGCAAGUGGCCGUCUACCAGCCAGGGCGGGCGUCUCCGCUGGGCCAAGCUGAGGAACGUCCUGCUGGCCGUGGCCCAGUUCAGACAGCCAAUCAAACGGCGGCAGAAGAGCGGCUCGUUGGGGUCACGGGGAGAAAUGAUGGUGGACGCAGACCAGAGGCCCCGCCCCCACUCCAAUCUGAUUCGUCAGUCCAGUUGGAGCGGUCUGUCUGAAAGCUCCAGUCACGAGUCUCUAACUGGUCCAAUGGUGAAGAGCAACAGUCUGAACAGCAUGAAGACGCCGUCCGACAAGGUCAAACCCUGUAAGAAGACCGUCCUCCAUGACGCAGGGACCGCCGGCUUCCGUGACGCCGUCUCUCGAAAACCUCCCCUGGGCCUCAGAGACACGUCCGCUCCGCCUGCAGCGCCCCCUAGCGGCGUGGUAGUGGUGCCGCGGAGUCAGGUCUGCCUCUCCAACUUCUACAAAGAGUGCGCAGAGUCGGCCGACUCGGAGCCGGACUGCAGCUGUCAUCCUGCGGAGAGAGACGGCAGGCCUGUAGGAGUGCGUGUCUCGUCCGCCAGGAAAGAAGCUGUGGACGAGAACUACAACAACGUCUCCUCCCCGACCCGCGGGGGUCUAGCAGGAAAACUCCAGCAGCUCCUCACCCCCACCAGACACCGAGUGUCGGUGCGACGGGCCGCCAGCGUGGACGACCGGCGGCCCGGAGGAGGGAUAGGACGAAGAGUGUCGGAGCAGAGGCAGUCGAGGAAAGCGCAGGUGGCCGAGACGCUGCUGAAGGCCAAAGACCGGCUGGUGAACGCUACGUCAGAGAGUUCGUUGUCUGUAGGAAGUGACCUCGACUUGACGGACACGCCCACUCCAGCGUUUCCUAUACGCAGGUCCUGGGACGCCAACCAGGAGGUGGCGGGGCUUGAGGUGCUGAUGUCCAGCUGCUCUCUGUGUCGCAGCUGUAACUCGUUGGUCUAUGACGAGGAGAUCAUGGCGGGCUGGACGUCUGACGACUCGAACCUGAACUCGUCGUGUCCGUUCUGCGGCGCCACCUUCGUCCCGUUCCUGAACGCUGAGAUCUGCGACCUCGGGCCAAUCAGCAGUGCGGAGCGCAGCAGCUGGAACGUGGAGGAAGAGGUGGAGAGCUCGGCGAGGCCCCCCAGUGGUCAAGACUUCUCCCUGCGCCCCCAGUGUAACGGUGUGAGCGAGGAAUCGAGCUCUGAGACCAGCAGCUACUCGGAGAACAGCCGAACCACCACGGCUUCGUCAGUGGGUGGGGCUCCUCAGGUGACGGUGGCGUACCUGAGCCCCCUGGUUCUGAGGAAGGAGCUGGAGAGCCUGCUGGAGAACGAGGGCGAGGCGGUGCUCGCUCAGCCUCAGUUCCUGGACAGUCACUCCAUCAUCUUCUGGAACCUGGUCUGGUACUUCCAUCGCCUCGGCCUCCCCUGUAACCUGCUGCAGCUCGUCAGGGCCUCGCCGCUCGUCAGCAGCUUCACGCAGUCAGAGAGCUCGGCAGUGAGUGUGAGGCUCCUGUGGGACACCCUGACCCCUGACACAGACCAGUGGCCCCCCCUCUAUGUGCUCUGGAGGAUCCACAGUGGCGUCCCGAUGAGGAGCUACAGCUGGAGGAAACACAACCACCCAUUCACACUGGCCUUCCUUGAGGAGGUGCUGCGCUGGGUCGGAAUGAACGAGGUGCACAAAGCCAUCACGCUCUUCCUGGACACGAUGGCCAAACAGCCGGCGUCCCCCAGAAUACAGAGGAGUUUGUACAGAGAGUUCCUCUUCCUCACGCUGGCAGCUAUGGGCAAAGAUCACGUCGCGGCGUUCGAUAAGAAGUACAAGGCGGCGUGGUCUCGGCUCGGCGGCACUCUGGGCCGUGAGGAGCUCAGGAAGCAGCGAGCGCAGCCGCUCAGCCUCAAAGCCGUGGACUGCAGACGCAGCUUCCACCCGCCUCUCGAAUGCUGAUGAGCUCAGAACAAACGUCCCUUCAUCUGCUUUCUUCCUGUGUUCCCCACUUCUCUGCUGCCCCCUGGUGGAUGUCAGAGGGUGGAGUUGCUCCUUCCUGUCCUCUGUCCCUCUGUCUGUAAAUCCAGCCUCUAUUUGUUUCAAGUAAGGAUGGCGUCGGCUGAACGAGCAGCAGACGGAGCUGAGCUCAACUGACGAGAGGAGCCAGCGUCACGUGUUCGAUGCUCGCGGUCAUGCAUGUCCACAAACAUCAGCUGUGGUGGUGUAAACUUGUCUUCCUCUUGUUUUAAAAUACUGAAGGAGCUCAAGGUUCCUGCAGGAGCUCGUCACUGCUGUAUGCUGGGGGGGGGGGGUCAGCCUCAUUCAGUGCGUGAUAGACAUUUAGAGUUUUAUUUUGAAGAAGAGUCACAUAAGGAUUAAAGGGACAGUUCCAACACUUUUAAAUAUUUUAAAACCAUUGUUGGGAUUUCAAACAUUAAAUUUCUCCCAAAGAACAGAGUGUGAUCAACAGUUGAGAUCAUUCUGUGCCAAACAGAAUCAAAUACUAAAUCCUCAGAUUUAACCUUUGACCCAUAAAGCAUCACCUCCGCCUGUUGGGUCUGGAUCUUCUGUGGGACUGGGUAGAUUCAGGAGGGAAGGUCCUCGGUUUUGUGGUGAGUUCUUCGUUUGUUGUGUCGUUGAAGCAGAAUCGCGUCUGGGUUCAACUUCAUUGAGAAGUUUCAUAAAACCUUUCAUCAGUUUGAAAAGUUCUGACUUUGUUUAAUGGGACAAACGUAAAGAUGUUAAACAUGAUACUCACGUUUCUGCAUCAACUGCUGAUGAUGUAAAAUCUGUACAAUAACAAAAUGUAGAUAAAGUUAUUUAUGACCUAAUGAAACUCAGUUUGUGCAGUAACGUGAAUCCGACUCUUUUUAAAUCAUCCAGAUUUUUUUCAGGUUCCACUCGGAGAAAAGUGAUUAUUUAUAUAAAGUUUUAAACUCAUUUAGUUUUUUUAUUUAAACGGAUUUAGAAAAUGAAAAAACUUUAAUUGACACUGUGAAAAUGUAGACGCUUCAACAAACGUCUGGUCAGUUAAACACUGGAUUAAAAAAGAGACUCAAGAAAUCCAUCCAGAAAAAUAUUCAUAUCUGUUUUAAAAAAGAAUUUGAUGUAAACUAUUUACACAAUUUAUAAAUUCGAGAUAAUGGAAUACAUUUACAGUUCUAUUAAUGCGACAUCUGAUUGGCUCUCUUAAUUUCAUAUCAUCUUGUUACGCCAUCUAGUGUUCAUCUGGAUGAAAUUAAAAAAGUUUACCUGAAAUCCUCGUAAAUAUCUAUGAUGCAUAUGGACGGAAACUAUUUUGAAUUCACGUGGACUUAAUUUUCAACUUUUAAUUAAGUUAGCAUCUUCUUGACUUUUGUCUCAACGCGCCUGCAGACCCGUUAUUGUGCUCGCAGUGAUGUCACAGUGUAUUGACCACACCCCCACAACCUGUGUUCAUCACCGCAGCAUGGGGUUCAACCACCAUUGUAGGAUUGUAGGAGGGUUCUACCAGAAUCUCAGAGAAAUCUCAAAUUGAUCCACGUUUCCUCUAAAGUCGAUCAGCUAAUUUCUUUUCUUUUCGAUUGGACAGCGAGGGUCGGUUCCAGCAGUGGAUGAAGCAGUUUUUUAUUUCAGCGUCACAGUGUGUACGUUAAUAAAACACAGGGUGUACGUUCUCGUAGUCACAUUUCUGGGAAUUUGAGCGGUGACUUGUGCUUCAAACGGAGGAGUGUAUUUAAAAGAGAUUAUUGUGUUUUGCUGUUGUAAUUUAUAAAUGGUUGUGAUUUCAGUUGUAAAUGUUUUUAAGAAAAAAGAAAUAAAAGACGGUGACGAGCCCGA